AUGGGUAUUCGCGGGUUAUCUUCAUACAUACUGCAGAAUGAUUGGCGUUUUAUGGAGCCAUUUGAACUGCAGGGCAUGACCAUCGUUGUGGACGCUAGCAACGUAUGCCACAACCUGUACGAAAUGGUUGAUAAACAAUCUGGGCUCAUGGGAUGUCAGUACGAUGUUUUUUACCGGUCCGUCAAGAAUUUUUUCGAAAAUCUACUCCUCUGCGAGGUUCAACCAAUAGUCAUCCUCGAUGGCCUUGCUGCACUGACCCAAGAACAGUAUCUGAUGAUAUUCCAGGAUAAACUCAAACAAUUUGUCUCAGGUGACAGCAUGAUAUUUCCUCAACUCUUAAAUAGAGUACUCAUAUCUGUCCUACGCCGCCUGAAGAUACAAUUCGUCCAAACAGCAUCCGAAGCUGACGAGUCGAUAGUGGCUAUUGCUGAGGCGCUCAACUGUCCAAUUCUAUCAGAAGACGGUGAUUUUUUCAUGUACAGCACAAACUACAUACACUGGAAGACAUUGAAUUUAAUUCCUCACAAAGUACAAAGUACUUCAAGUUUUUCAUUGUCCUGUCAAAUGUACAAUUUCCGAAAACUCUGCAAUGCCUUCAACGAUCUCAAUGAAUCACUUUUACGCUUGGCUUUGAUAAUCCUUGGAAAUAAGUGUGGCCGCAAUCACCUCGAUGAUAACAUUAUGAAGUCACUGUUCGAUCGAAUCAAUUCGAUUGCGCUCCCUCAUAAUCCACAUGUCAGCCAGAGAAAAAUUGAAAAAACAUUGUUAUGGCUGAGUGAUUAUUCUUCGUUGGAUGAAGCCAUCACGGGAGUACUUCAAUAUGUUGAUUCAACUCACAAAGCAAAGGUUUUCCAGAAAAUUCAGCACAUGCUCGAUGAGUUUGGCAUUUGUUCACCUCUGGUCUUUAUUAAUUUGGAACUUCCUGAGAGAUUGCUUUCAAAAUUGCGAGAUAAUAUGCACAAGAAGCCGGUGCCAGCCCAGCAAAUCGAGACGAACGAAAAAAAAAACAAUGCUUUAGAGUAUACUGAAGAAGAACUUAUAGCUAUGGUUCCAAAAUGGAUGACAGAAGACUUUGCUAGAGGUAGAUUAUUUCAAAAGCCCUUUGAAAUGCUCCUGUUUUCAACAGCCUUUAUGAGCCCAGUUCGUCAGACUUGCAGGUACCCACCCCCUGCAUUCAUCAGUCUUUCUAUUGUGAAAUCAAUCUACAGUUUACUUUGCUCAUUACGUGAAGGUGACGAGCACAACCUGAACAUUAUUGCUGCAAAUGAGACGAAGGUAAUUAGAGAACAAGUGAAGGUUGAUAGAUCAUCAGUAAGCUUGAAAGACAUUAAGAAGCUGGAGCACUCUGAAAGGAAGAGAAUUAUUGACGAAGUUCUUGGUACCGAUGGAGAUAAUUCACUUCAAGAGCUACCGAGUUGUUGGAGACUUUACGUUGCCGCAAUGGUGUUUUGGAUGAGGCAGAAGGAUCCUCCAGAGAGAACUAGAAAUCAUCUGUUCUCUGUGAUACUAGUGAUGCUGCUUAGCUUCAUUAACGACAAAAUUGGUGUCCUUAAAACCAAGGACGCUUUCAUGGAGAAGUAUGAAGCCAAAUACAAGGAAAUUACUUCGAAGAAUAAACCAGAUCGCAGAGUAAUGGAGAUAGCGAAUCUCAGGGAUGCGUUGCAAUCAGCCACUGAAGAAGAGUGCAUCGCAGCUGCACCAUUUUUUAUAUCAAAUCAACAGUUAAAUCGUCCGAAGAAUGAGUGGAAAAUCGUAGUUCAUACUUUUUCUCAAUUCCACAGCUGUUUGGAAAAUGCAAUGACUUUGAAUGCACUUCUGGCGUUUCCUUAUUAUCCAGUCGAGGUGUAUAAAGUUUAUAGUGGAUUGUUAUUCUACACCCUAUUUGAAGCUAUUUCAAAGGAAGAUGAUAUUGAGGCUUAUUUGCAUAAAGAGUUACCGUAUUCUCCAGAAAUUCACUUUAUCGAUUACAGUGCCUAUAACUCUCCUCUAGAAAUCCUACAUCCGUUAGAACUGUGCCACCUCCUCCCCUGCCAUAUUGUGAUUGACACAUUUUCCGGCGAAAAAACACGAUAG